GAUCCAAGAUGGCGGCAGUUGACAGGGCUUUGCAGUUAAAAAAAACGAACGGGCGAGUGAAUGAAGUCAGCUGACCUCAGCCUGCUGUCACGCACCGCAGUCGCGAGCUUUUCUCUUUCGAGGCAAGACACAAAACGACCGCUUCACGACCAGACGGAUACUAACCAGUGAAGAUGGACAUUUCCAAGCUGCCUAAGAUCAGGGAUGAGGAGCGAGAGAGUCAGUUUGGAUAUGUUCACGGUGUCUCUGGACCAGUGGUGACGGCCACGGCCAUGGCAGGAGCCGCCAUGUAUGAGCUGGUUCGUGUCGGUCACAGUGAGCUAGUUGGGGAGAUCAUCAGGCUGGAGGGAGACAUGGCCACCAUCCAGGUCUACGAGGAGACGUCUGGUGUGUCGGUGGGAGACCCUGUGCUGCGGACAGGUAAGCCUCUCUCUGUCGAGCUGGGUCCAGGGAUCAUGGGGUCCAUCUUUGACGGUAUCCAGCGACCCUUAAAGGACAUCAAUGACCUCACAAACAGCAUCUACAUCCCCAGAGGAGUCAACAUUGGCGCCCUCAACCGAGACCUGAAGUGGGAGUUUUCUCCCUGCAAGAGCCUGCGAGUUGGGAGUCAUAUCACAGGAGGAGACAUCUAUGCCAUGGUCUAUGAAAACUCCCUUAUCAAGCACAAAAUCAUGCUCCCUCCGAAGAACAGAGGCACUGUGACCUACGUGGCUCCACCUGGAAACUAUGACAUCUCUGAUGUGGUGAUGGAGCUGGAGUUUGAGGGUGUGAAAGAGAAGUUUACCAUGGUGCAGGUGUGGCCCGUCAGACAGGUGAGACCUGUCACGGAGAAGCUACCUGCCAAUCACCCACUGCUGACCGGACAGAGGGUGCUGGACGCCCUUUUCCCAUGUGUUCAAGGAGGAACCACAGCCAUCCCAGGAGCCUUUGGCUGUGGGAAAACCGUCAUCUCUCAGUCGCUGUCCAAGUACUCCAACAGCGACGUCAUCAUCUACGUAGGCUGCGGGGAGCGUGGUAAUGAGAUGUCAGAAGUGCUGCGAGACUUCCCUGAGCUGACGAUGGAGGUGGAUGGAAAGACGGAGAGCAUCAUGAAGAGAACAGGGCUGGUGGCUAACACCUCCAACAUGCCUGUCGCUGCCAGAGAGGCCUCCAUCUACACAGGAAUCACAUUGUCCGAGUACUUCAGAGACAUGGGAUACAACGUGAGCAUGAUGGCUGACUCCACUUCACGUUGGGCCGAGGCUCUUAGGGAGAUUUCAGGACGUUUGGCAGAAAUGCCUGCUGACAGCGGAUAUCCGGCCUACCUGGGAGCCCGACUCGCCUCCUUCUACGAGCGUGCAGGAAGAGUGAAGUGUCUCGGCAACCCUGAGAGGGAGGGCAGCGUCAGUAUUGUUGGAGCUGUAUCACCUCCUGGUGGCGACUUCUCUGAUCCUGUUACUUCAGCCACACUUGGUAUUGUACAGGUGUUCUGGGGUCUGGACAAGAAGCUGGCUCAGAGGAAGCACUUCCCUUCUGUCAACUGGCUGAUCAGCUACAGCAAAUACACUCGCGCUCUGGAUGAAUAUUACGACAAGCACUACCCGGAGUUUGUGCCACUGCGUACCAAAUCAAAGGAAAUCCUGCAAGAGGAAGAAGACCUGGCUGAGAUCGUGCAGCUUGUCGGAAAGGCCUCAUUGGCAGAAACCGAUAAAAUCACACUGGAAGUGGCCAAACUGAUUAAAGAUGACUUCCUGCAGCAGAACGGUUACACUCCUUAUGACAGGUUCUGCCCCUUCUACAAGACAGUGGGCAUUCUGUCCAACAUGAUAGCUUUCUAUGACAUGGCCCGGCAUGCGGUGGAGACCACAGCCCAGAGCGACAACAAGAUCACCUGGGCCAUGAUCAAGGAGCACAUGGGAGAAGUUCUCUACAGGAUUAGCUCCAUGAAGUUCAAGGACCCGGUUAAAGACGGCGAGGCCAAGAUCAAGGCCGAGUACGCACAGCUCCUGGAGGACAUGCAGAACGCCUUCCGCACGUUGGAAGAAUAGGCUCACACCGCCCCUUCCAGUCUUUCCAUCUCUCCACCGCCGAGCACAUUCCACCUCCGUGUAUUCUCAGACAUUGUGUGUUUUCCUCCCUGUGAUCCUUUGUGGGUGAACCUGCAAGUGUGCGAGUGUGUGUGAAACUUAUUGUGGAGGUAAAAAGAGAAAGAUGUACUGUAUUCAUUAUUUGGCGCCUCAUAUAGGCUCACUCUGGAUCCUCUGAAAUGGUCACUGACGGUGUGCGUGUAUAUAUGAAAGUUAAUGUGUGUGUUACUUCCUUUUUCUGUUUACAUGAUUUCUGUGUAGGUGUGUUGCUUUUCCUGAAAAUUGUUCGUCAAUGUAUUGUAAUUCAGACCCACUGUACAGAAGAGUAUUGAAUAUAAAUUUAAGAAGAUCAGUCUAUUUAUUUAUUUUUUUGUUUUCGCUGCUGUUUUUUUUUUUUUUUGUUGAUGUUUUUAUGGUUGUAUUUCAGGUUGUGUAGUGCUGUGUAUUUUGCUGUGUGAAAGUCCAACUGUGUAAUCAUAACAAUCUUAAAGUAUUAAAUCAUGACAAGGAAAAAAAA